AAUUAAACUCCACACUACCUUAAAUACCACCUUUUUUAACUGCACCCUCUAUGGACACUCCAUAACACCUUCCUCCCCCUUCCUCCUCCCCAGGCAAGCUCACCUCCUACGUAGAGAUGAGUGUGGUGCACGCCUCGGCCCUGUCCCUGGUGGUGAUCUCGCUGGAGCGCUACCACGUGAUCUGCCAGCCCCUGCAAGCCGGCUACCGCUGCACCAAGGCCAAGGCUAUGGUGGCUAUCCUCGUCAUCUGGGUAGUGGCCUUCCUCUCAGCCGGGCCAACCCUGUGGAUCGUGCACUACGGGCGCUUCCAGUAUUACGACGGCACGCUGCAGCACGAGUGUCUGCUGGCGCUCACCACGUCCAUGGCCAUCUCCUUCAUGGUGGCCUCGCACGUCUUCUUCUUCUUCGUGCCCAUGGUGGUGCUGGUGCUGCUGUACGCCGUCAUCGCGCGCCGCCUCCUCGUCGACACGUCAGACCUCACGCACAAGAAGGAGAACCCACAGACGAGGGCGCGGAGGCAGGUGGUGGUGAUGAUGGCCACCGUGGUGUUCUUCUACUUCCUGUGCCUGCUGCCCAUCCGCGUGUUCUUCCUGUGGAUCAUCGCCGUGCCGCAGGAGGACCAGUUCAGGCUGGGAAUAGACGGCUUCUACAACAUCCUGUACUUCUGCCGCGUCAUGUUCUACAUCAACUCGUCCAUCAACCCGAUCCUCUACAACAUGACCUCCACCAAGUUCCGCACGGCCUUCCGCAGGGUGUUCCGCGGCCGUGGCAGCAGCAGUCGCCGCUACCACGCCUCCUACAGCAACACCUCCUGCAACACGCCCACGCUGGCCAACAACAUCCGCCUGCACUACGGCGCCAACUGCUCGCUGGUGUACAAGACGGUAUAUUCCAAGUGCGCGGCGAACCCCCAGUACAGCUACGCCUCCUCGGUCUCCACGGCGUCCCAGGUCACGCGCCAGACCAGCUACGCCUCCACGCGCCGCUCCCGCUCACCCACCAGGGACACCUUUGUCUAGUCAAGGCCCUAACAGACAAACCUUGGGCCCCUUGAGGCUGCCAUUCAGUCCCAGCCAAUCCACACCCAAAGAAACCUAACCUAACCUAACGUAACUAACGUAACCUAACCUGGCCUGACCUAACCUAACCUAGUCUAACCUAACUAAACUUAACCAAACCCACAGAAACUUAACCUGAUUUAACCUAACCAAACCUGACCUAAAUAAACCCACAGGCGCUACACCCUUCUAUGUUUGGUGCCUCAGCAAAACCACGCCCCACGUCCCACGCCCCACGCCCCCCACCCUUACUAAGACCCACUCCCUCACCCCCACCCCCUCACCCUCUCAAAGCCCCGUGGGGAACUAUACAAGGUCAAGCAGGAGGAAUAGAGGUUCACUACCCCACCCUCCCCCGCCCCCCUUCAUCCUGCGAGGGGCGGGGCGGGGCGGGGCGGGACUGGGAUUUAACUGUGGUGCUUCUUGGUGUUAUGUUUGCAAGAGGAGGAGGAGGAGGAGGAGGAGGAGGAAUUAAAAAGACGAGGAAGGACAGUAUAAUCAACGUCCACUUUAUUAUUAUUAUUAUUAUUAUUAUUAUUAUUAUUAUUAUUAUUAUUAUUAUUAUUAUUAUUACCACUACUACUAUUAUUAUUGUGAGUCCAAAUAGCAAACAUUCCAUAGCACACACACACACACACACACACACACACACACACACACACACACACACACACGUCAGUAUACACUACCUUGUUUCUGUGAGAAGAAGAAGAAGAGGAAGAAGAAACAAUAGAAAUAUAAGAAGAAAAGUAUAAAAGACCAAAAACUACAAAAAGUCUUCCUCGUGCUUUUAAAGAGGGAAAAAAAUGAAAUAAAAAGAAAAAUAUGAAAAAAUAAACAAUACAUGCAGUUCCUUUAGGUUAACGAGAAAAGAAAAAGAAAAAAAACAAUAAUAAUCUUGAAAAAAAAAAUGCAAAAAAAAUACAAUAAAAUAUCACGUAUUAUUAUUAUUAUUAUUAUUAUUAUUAUUAUUAUUAUUAUUAUUAUUAUUAUUAUUAUUAUUACUGUUAUUAUUAUUAUUACUGAACAGAGUAUGGAUGUAGUGAGGUCAGAAUGAAGGAAAAACAAUCAAGUGUACAGGAUUAUCGCCACUUUUACGGGGAGAAAGAGAGGCGGUAAUCCCAUGCCAUACUUUUUAAUGGUGUUUCAAUAUUGUUUUAUUUACCUAUUCAUUGUUCAUUCUCUUUGCUAUUAUUUUUGUUGCACGAUUUGUGUAAUUAAAUGUUACGCUGUGAAUAUCGUAUUUAAACAGUGAAUAUCGUAUAUCAAACAGUGAAUAUCGUACAUCAGAAUGUGAAUAUUGUACAUUAGAAAGUGAAUAUCGUACAUCAGACAGUGAAUAUCGUACAUCAGAAAGUGAAUAUCGUACACCAAACAAGUGAAUAUCGUACAUCAGGCACUGAAUAUCGUAGAUCAGGCAGUGACUAUCGUACACCAGGCAGUGAAUUAUCGUAAACCAUGCAUUGAACAUCGUACAUCAGACGAUAAAUAUCGAGAAAUAGGCAAUGAAUAAUGUACAAUAACAUCCAAUAUUUCAUAUAUGACGUGAAGCAACGAGUCAAUUCCUUCCUUCCUUCAUUCAUUCAUUCUGGCCUCAUUACUUCACUGUUCAUUCACGUUCAUGAGUGUGUACAUCUAAUAUACAUAUGUGCGUAUUUAUCUAUGCGUUUUUCUCUCAUGUGUGUGUGUAUGUCUAUUCAUUACAUACGUACAUGAUGUAAGUAUAUGUAUGUAUGAUACUAAUACCAAUAAGAAUAAGAAUUCAAUGUACGCUUUUUUCAAUCUUUUUUUCAUUAUUAUACAAAUGGACGUGUAUUUCAUGUAAGUCAUUGUAUUUUUUGUGUAUAAAUGUAUUAUUAUUAUUCUAUACGACUACUUGUGCUACGCUGUGCAUGUAUGCAUGUAUGUACGUAUGUAUGCCAUAAACUAAUAACAAAUAAUAAUAACAACUUCAAUAUAUUUACAACUGCUGUAUAAAUUGUUGUCUAAUUACCAUGUGUGUGUGUGUGUGUGUGUGUGUGUGUGUGUGUGUGUGUGUGUGUGUGUGUGUGUGUGUGUGUGUGUGUGUGUGUGUGUGUGUGUGUGUUGCCGCUAAGUCUACACGUGUGCGUUUGUUUCCUUCAUACAGUGGAUCAUCUCAGGGUAUAGCCAAGUCUUAAUAAUAAUAAUAAUAAUAAUAAUAAUAAUAAUAAUAAUAAUAAUAAUAAUAAUAAUAAUAAUUUUACUGUCAGUCAUCAUAAACAAUAAUUAUUACUGUCCAUCAUUAUUGCAAUGCCUCAUCCAUUGAUCCAUUCAUCCAUCCAUCGAUCCAUCUAUUAGAGAAGUUAUCUGUCUAUUUAUGUGUAUCUAUUUAUCUGUCUAUUUAUGUAUUUAUGUAUCUAUUAAUCUGUCUCUCUAUUUAUCUAUCUAUUUGUCUAUCUAUCUAUCUAUCUAUCUAUAUAUCCAAUCAGUUUCCCAGUGUUUACAUAUUUGCCUACCUCUUCUGUUUACUAAUCUAUUUGUUUAUCUAUCAUAUUUGUAAAUCAACCUCAAAGUUCAUAUAUUGUCUUUGUCUAUCCAUAUAUUGUCUGUCUAUCCAUCUAUCUGUUUACCUACUUAACUACCUAUGCAUCCCAGUCUCUCUCUCUCUCUCUCUCUCUCUCUCUCUCUCUCUCUCUCUCUCUCUCUCUCUCUCUCUCUCUCUCUCUCUCUCUCUCUCUCUCUCUCUCUCUCUCUCUAGUUAUUCACAGUCAGGGAAAAAAUACUUGCCAAUUUAUUUUUUCCUAUGAAGCAGCUCAAUUCACAGGAAGGAGGAAAAACAGUAAUGUGAUGAGGGUUCCCGAGUUUAUCAGUGAAUUGUGGACAGUGACUCAAAUCUCCACCCAAACACAUAUGAACAUUAGGGAAGCAGCAAGUUAGUAGUAAUUACAGAAGUCUGAACUAAAUUAAUUCCCUUCACUUUCACAUGACUACAUAAGAUAAGAAGCUUUGAGAAGUUAAUAGCAAUACAUGGGAUUAUGACUAUUACCUAAGCAGCAGAGAUAACACCUGUCUGCCACACACACACACACACCUGUAAAGGAAAUGUUUAUGGAUUAAUUAGUGUAAUAGUAACAACAUGAAAAUACCACAAUGUCAUGAAGUCAAUACAAAAAUUAAAGAUCUGAUCUGACCUGACAUGACCUAACCUAACCUAAUAAAGUUUGAGACCCUUUACUUUCUCACAAAUUACAUGACGAAAGAAUUAAUUAUUGCAGCACUAUAUAAUGUAUCAAUCAGUCUAUCAAUAUAUCAAUUAUUAUUUCCCUUAUUUUCAAAUGCAACAAUUAAAUUUCUCCUUUCAAAUUUACUAUUUCUCUUUUAUUUAUUUAUUUAUUUAUUUAUUUUUUUAUGUAGCAAUAAGAAAAAUCCUUGAUAAUUAGUCUCUCAAAAUGAAAAGAAAGAAGAAAAAAGUACCUUAACAUUUUUUCUUAUACAUGAAAACCUGCCAAAAUCACUUUCUCAUUCAUAUUUUCCUCACCUUAGGGCCAAAAUUUUCUUCCUUUCUUCCUUUUUUUUCCAUAUUUUCUUUCCACUAUGAAAAAAAAGAGGAAAAACACUCCUAACAAUAUAUACACAAACAUCUCUAUACCUCCAAGCAGUCCUUCACUCUUCCUUCACACCCACCACCCUUCCUUCACUGUGCCUUCACCACCAUCACCACCACCAUUACCACCACCAUCACCAUCACCAUCACAAUCACCAAUGAAAAAAAAAAACAUAUAUGACAACAUUUUUUGCUUGAUUCCUAUAACAAUAUCGCUGGCUGCUUCUGCCCACAUACCCACCAACCCAUACCCACCCAUACCCUAGCACACCCAAACCAUCACCCCUCCACCAUCCCAUACCCAAUCUCCCACCCUACCAGUCCAGACCCUCACCCCCCCCCAACCUCACCCCAGCACACCUGUACAUCUGGGCAGCGUGACACCUUGAUUACUGAGUGUACCUGAUGUUCUACUGGCACUGUAGUGACUUAGAUGGAAAUAAAGCCUAUGAAUUGAG